CAGGUAUUAAACUGCCUCCCCGACAGAUCCCGCAGCCCGCUGACACCCGCAAUAAAGACCUCCGCAGAGGAGCAGAAGCGCCAAACAGUCCGCAGGAAUUCCUCUUUUUUCUUUUCUUUCGCACACAAGCUGACAACAGGUGCACCGAGAGCAGGCUGAGGCCUAGAAGAGCGGCUCGUUUUGGGAUUUAAAAGGUCUCCACUCAGCAGAGGAGCAGACAGAAGGCGGUGGCAGGGGGAGGAGGAGCAGGAGCUGGGUGACAGAGAGGUGUUGGAGAGAGCCAUGCUGUCUCUGAGCUGUGCCGACCCCUGGCCCGAAGGCUCGGUGGGGCUGGAGGAGGAGGUGGUGACCGCCGCCGCGCAGGCUGAGGAGCGGGACAGCGUCAGUAACAACAGCAGCAGCUGCAGCUCCAUCAACCUGGACGACAGCCUGACCAGCCUGCAGUGGCUGCAGGAGUUCUCCAUCCUCGGUGCCAACGUGCCGCAGCAGGCCCACCACCAGCCGCACCUGUUCGGCCACCAGCCGCUGGGCUCCGACGCCCCGGCCUCCCCUCUGGCCGGGGACCCCGCCUCCAUCGGCAUGCCUCUGACCCCGGGGAAGCCCACAGCGGCGGCCUACAGCAGGAUGCAGUCCCUGCCCGGCAUCGUGGCUCACGGUCACUGCCCCGAUGAGGUGGACUACAAGACCAACGCGCACAUCAAGCCCCCGUACUCGUACGCGACCCUCAUCUGCAUGGCGAUGCAGGCGAGCAAGAAGAGCAAGAUCACUCUGUCCUGCAUCUACAAGUGGAUCACCGACAACUUCUGCUACUACAGACACGCUGAUCCCACCUGGCAGAACUCCAUCCGACACAACCUGUCGCUCAACAAGUGCUUCAUCAAGGUGCCGCGGCAGAAGGACGAGCCAGGGAAGGGCGGUUUCUGGAAGAUCGACCCGCAGUACGCUGAGCGUCUCCUGAGCGGUGCGUACAAGAAGAGGCGGAUGCCGCCGGUCCAGAUCAACCCGGCCCUGCAGAACAGGCUCAGGAUCAACCUCCAGCCGCAGUCCAGAGGCCCCGCGGGAGGUCAGAGCGGGUUGUGCAUCAACCCGGAGUCCCAACGCCUCCUCCGGGAGUUCGAAGAAGCGACCGGCGCCGACCAGAACUGGGACCCUCAUCUGGCUGAAGGUACCAUGCUGGGGUCUUGGCCUGUGGUCAGCGGAAGAGGGGGGCAAAAGAGGAAACUGGGCUCCAGAAUUGGUGGCGCCAAAUAUCCACGCCGCUCCAGCUCCCCACUGCUCACCGUGGACGAACAGAAGGAGAUUGGACCUCUGAAGGGGGACUUUGACUGGGAUGCCCUGCUGGACUCCGCCCUCAGCGGGGAGCUCAGCCUGGAAGGAGAAGAACCUCUGAGCCCCAUCAUGAAGGAGGAGGACCUGACAGUGCGGGGGACCCACAUCUCCCCCGUGGAAGCCCCCGCGGGGACGGAAGACAUCCACGUGUUGGCGGAGACCCAAAGGAAUAAUGACGUGUCGGACUUUGACGAGGAGACCUUCCUCGCCACGGCCUUCCUGGAGAGCCCCUGGCCGGAGGAGGAGGAGCAGGGCCGCAAUGAUUUCCUCUGUAGCUCCACCGUCAACCUCGACCAGCUGUUUGACCUCGGAGACUCGCUAGGCGGAGACCCGAGCACCCGGAUUGACUCCCUGCUUUGAGGAAUAGCUGGUCGUCGUUCACGCUGUAAACUCUUGGCUACCGAGGAAUAACAGACUCUUUGUUUUUGUUUUUUUACAACAUUUAUUGUCCUUUUCAAGAUGUUUAAAGUAUUUUUAGAAUUACAUUUUGAUGCCGAUUCAUACAGGAAGUACAUUCCCAAACGCCUACAGAGCAAAGAUGCCACAAUGUACAGCAGCAGCUCACAUCGUCACGGUGGAGAAAACGUCCCUUUAUGGCGAAACCAGGAAAUGACUUGAGAUCACAAAAAAUAUGUUGACGUUUUAAAUGCAGGUGUGAACAGACCCUUUCGGAUGACACAUCAUGGUCUCUGUUUACAUCGUAAAAAGUGUGUUUUCAUGUACACGAGGCAUCAGAAAGAAACGGCUGACACUAUACAGGACGGCGGUCAGUGUAACGGAUCCUCGAUUUGAAUAUGAGAAAACCAAAACUGGAAAACGAGCUGUUUCCUGACAAUGAGUGAGAACCUUUUGUUUUCCAUUUUUUUCAUUUUUCUUUUCUCAAAAAAGGAAAAACAAUUUCCUUUUUAAUUUCAAAAUAAUGGAAAUGGGACGUUUGUUUUUUCCAUUUUCAAAACAAAAAAUGGACAACACGUAAUAUUUAGUGUUUUUUCCCCCCAUAUUUCCAAAUUUUUAAAACAAAAAAACUGAAAAUGGGUCUUUGUUCACUUUUUUUUAUUUUAAAAACAAAAAACUGAAAACUAGUUGCUUUUUUGUUUUUCGGUCUUUUUUCCCCAGUUUUUUUUUUAGUUCAACGGAAAUGGGUCUUUUAUUUUCAGUUUUUUAUUAAAAAAAAUUAAAAAAUUAAAAACAAAAAUGAAAAACUAAGAAUUUUUUCUUUCAAAACAUAAAAAAAAAGAAAACUUUUUGUCGUUUUCCGUUUAUUUCUUCCUUUAUCCAUUAACGGUAGUCUGGAAACAGCUCCUAUCCUGAUUUUCGUUUUCACUUUUAUCAACAGGAUCCGUUGUCUGACCGACUCAGAUGCGUUUUGUCUGACAGGAAUCUGUAAAUACUGACAGCAGCACUAUGAUGAUGAAUUAUCAGAUUAUUUGCCAAAUGACGUUUGGUGUUAGGAGUGAUUUUACUUUACUAGUUGUUUUUUGUUUUUGGGUUUUUUUGGUACUAACUAUUCUCUGUAUGCAUUUUUCAAAAAAUACUUAGGAGCAGUUUAACUAGAUUAAUGAUAAUAAUUACUCAGCAUAACUUUGUUUUUACAAGAGGAAGGGAACCUGACUGCAGCGGUCGAGGACACACCUGAGCUUCACGAAACAGCUCGAGGCGAACUUGAAACGGUCGGUUUUUAAAGUCUCGUAAAUGAAUACCCGACCUUCUAUGUGCCAAGAACAACACUUGGGACUCGACAGGGUGGCAGUGUUUUUUAUUACAAAGACUAGAUGUCUUUUUAUUCGUAGCGGCGAUGCAGACGGAGAGGACGUGAACAUCUGGACGCAGCCUGGACUAACUAAAACCAAAUCACUUCCUUAUAAACUCCUGUUUUAAAAUGUGUGAAAGUGCAAUCAAUGUACAGUGAUGCUUGUUAGAUUUCAGCUGUAGGAGUUCAUGCAGUUUACUUUAGUUUUCACAGGUUUGUGUGUUACGAGGUGCGAAUACACUCAAAGCAACCAUGAAACGUUUGUGUAUUAGCUUCUUCUUGAUCCAUAACAAAACAUAAUAAAGGCAUCUUACCUCAUGAUUGGUUCUGUAAAGUCAGAGACGCUGUAUUCAUUCUUUUACUUUACUGUUCUUAUUUUAUUUUCUGCUUUGACAAAUAAAGACAAAUAAGUUGUACUGCA